AUGUUGCCAACAAGUUUACCUCCGCUGAGUAAAGGUGGUCAUGCAACACACUGCAAAAGGUGCUUGUCUGGCUUGCCAUCUUCCCAAGUGGAUAUUGAUCCGGCCAAGCUUGCCCUAUCCUUUUACUGCUUAGGCUCCUUGGAUGUUUCGGGCGAACUCGAAAAGAGGACUAGGGAUUGGGAAAGAGAACAAUGGAAGGAAUGGAUAUGGAGUCAACAGACUAGCGGACAUUAUGGGACCGGCUUCCGAGCAAGCUCUUAUAUGACUGCAAAACACUCGGAACAUUCGGUCCAUGAUAGCCCUCAGAUCAUCAUGACUUAUACUGCCCUUCUCUCACUGGCCAUAUUGCGCGACAACUUUUCACGUCUUGACAGGAAGGGUCUCCUGAAAUUCCUCAGGUCCUGUCAGAACACCGAUGGAAGUUUUUCUUCUGAGCCUUUAGGAGGCGACUCUGAUCUACGCACGACGUUCAGUGCUUUCGCCAUAAGCACAAUGCUUGACGACUGGUCAGGGAUGGAUGUUACAAGUGCUCUCCAGUUCAUCUGUUCGUGUCGGACAUAUGAAGGAGGUUAUGGGCAAUCGCCAUUUGGGGAGGCUCUAGGUGGCACUACGUAUUGUGCACUGGCAGCACUCCGAUUAGCUACUAAACAACUAGACCCUCUUGAUCGGCAGAAAACCAUUCGGUGGCUUGUGCAAAACCAAGCAUCUAAUGGCGGGUUUCGCGGAAGGACUAACAAGGACGCUGACGCAUGUUAUUGUUUCUGGUGCGGCGCAUCACUGCACGUGUUGGAUGCAGGCGAUUUGGUUGACAAGGCAGAAAUGGCAUCCUUUGUAGCUUUUUGCCAAUUCAAGUUCGGCGGAAUCGCAAAGAUUCCCGGCGAGCAUCCUGAUCCCUAUCACACAUACCUCUCACUGGCAGCGGUGGCGUUGCUCCCACCCGAUUCGUCAGAAGGAACACCGUGGGCGCUUUGUCCUCUAGAUCCUCUAUUGAACGCAACAUACCAGACGUCCUCGUGGGCUAGAGCUCAUAUUCCAGCUCCUAAAGUUGACGAUGAUGAUGCUUUGGGUGAUGCAGGCAUAUAA